GGCUGGGCAGCGGCCCCUCCCACACGCUGCCCCGGGGCGACCUGGGCCGGCCCGUGCGCUCCCUGCCCGAGCGCCCCGAGCCUCCCCUUCGUCCCCGGGGCCGGAGCGUGAGCCCCGUGGGCGCCCGCCGGCACCCCCCAUCUCUGCCACGGCCUCCUCGCUGGAGAGGCAGAGUCCUCGAGUGGCCUCCUGCCUUGCACAUAGCCUGUGCCCUCGGGAGCCCAGCUUGCAGACCACGGCAGUGGUAUCCAUGGGCUCUGCAGACCGUCAGUUCAACCUCGCUCAGCUCCUCUCACAGAGCUACAGCCUCCGAGAGGGUUGUGCCGAGGCCCCGCAGUGCCCUGACCAGCCGGAGGAGGAGCCGGACAAGGACUUCAUCGCCCAGAGCAGUGACAUGCCCCUGGAUGAGCUGCUUGCGUUGUAUGGGUACGAGUCGUCAGACCCCAUCUCUGAGCAGGAGAGCGAGGGCGGAGACGCAGCCCCAACCCUCCCAGACAUGACCUUGGACAAGGAGCAGAUAGCCAAGGACUUGCUUUCUGGGGAAGAAGGGGAAGAGACGCAGUCCUCUGCUGAUGACCUCACCCCAUCUGUCACCUCCCACGAGGCCUCGGACCUCUUUCAUCAUCAGAGCGGGUCUCAGUUCUUGGCGGGUGAUAACAGCCCAGGCUCCUCGGCCUCCUCCGACACUGAGGAGGACGCGCUUCCUUCCAACAAGUGUAAGAAGGAGAUCAUGGUGGGGCCUCAGUUCCAAGCUGACCUCAACAUCCUGCACCUGAGCAGACACUGUGACAAGAUCUAUGAAAAUGAAGACCAGCUGCUGUGGAGCCCCAGUGUGCUGCCAGAGCGGGAGGUAGAGGAGUUCCUCUACAGGGCAGUGAAGCGCAGGUGGCAGGAGAUGGCCGGCCCCCAGAUCCCGGAGGGCGAGGUGGUUAAGGACAGUGAGCAGGUAGGGCCACAUGCCGGGCAGCAGCCAGGGCACAGCCAGGCAGUGUGGCCAGUGGGAUGGGCUUCACAUUGAAUGCACUUGCGGGGGCAGUGCUACAUGCCAC